CUGUAAAAUCCGCAAUCUCCAAUCUCCAAUUUGAUUUAUUCUUGCUUGGGGUGAUCUAACCCUUUACUACCCUUGACCAACACCCCUCAUCGUCAUCCGCGCGACCGAAACCUAUUAAAAAUAUCCCCGAUAUGUACUUUUAGUGUUUUCUUCUUCUUUCUUUUUUUAAGCCUGUCGCGUUCUACUAGGACAUCGAGUCGGUGGCGCAGUAAUGCCAUCGGCUUCCCCAAACCAUGUCACGAUGUCCGAGUUACCAUCUAAAAGAGAAGGAAACGCAAGCGCUCUCUUCGAUAAGAUGGACGGAGUCGUUAGAAAGGCCGGUAAUGUUGUCGCGGGCAAAGGCGCAACCGCUCCCAACGCGAAUCCAGACUCAAUCAGAGAUGACGCAUCUCCGAUAACAGCGAAGGGGAAGCAACCAGAUAAGCACAGCAUGGAUUAUGUGAUUCGUUCUGGUAUUGCUGGUGGUCUUGCAGGGUGUGCUGCUAAAACAACCGUUGCGCCUCUCGACCGAGUCAAGAUCCUCUUCCAAACCAGAAAUCCGCAAUUCGUAAAAUACCAGGGCUCAUGGACUGGCUUCGGGUUAGCGAUUCGCGAUAUUUAUGCACACGAUGGAAUACUGGGUUUAUUCCGCGGUCACUCGGCGACUCUCCUAAAAAUCUACCCCUACGCCGCUAUAAAAUUUGUCGCAUAUGAACAAUACCGCGCUAUGAUAAUAGGGUCGAACCGUCAGAACGAAACGUGGUUGCGACGAUUCUCCUCCGGUGCACUUGCUGGUGUAUCAUCUGUCUUUCUUACCUAUCCCCUAGAAAUCAUCCGCGUGCGAUUAGCCUUCGAGACGAAACAUACGCGCAUGUCCCUUGCCGGCAUCUGCAAAAAGAUAUAUCAAGAACAACCACUGCUGAAACAAACUGCCUCGAAAACCGUCGCCGAAGCUACGAUAUCCCCAGUGGAGGUAGUAGCACCCCGUUCCGGUCUUAUCAAUUUCUACAGAGGGUUCUCGACGACUAUGUUGGGUAUGGUGCCAUACGCUGGCGUGUCUUUCUUAACACAUGAUACUGCGGGCGAUUUUUUCCGUUCGCCAUCCCUUCGAAAAUAUACCACCCUACCCAAACCUGCCAAUGCACCCGCCGACAAGCCAGCACCCCUCCAGGCGUGGGCCGAAUUAACAGCCGGAGGAAUCUCGGGCGUAGUAUCACAGACGGUAGCUUACCCACUUGAAGUUAUACGGCGACGAAUGCAAGUAAGCGGCGCUGUUGGAGACGGCCACCGUCUUCGGAUAGGAGAGACGGCAAGCUUGAUCUUCAGAGAGCGCGGACUUCCCGGUUUCUUUGUUGGCUUAUCGAUUGGUUACUUAAAAGUGAUGCCUCUGGCGGCUGUAAGUUUCUAUACUUACGAACGGUUAAAGACACUGUUCAACAUAUGAAUUGUUAACACCCCGUCUAUUUGGAGGAAUCGCGACAGCAUCAUCGGAGUGUAGGCGUUUACGGUAUUUACUUCCUAGGGAUACCUAGGUGGUACAGGCAUAGCAUGUGUAGAAGCUCGACUCGCGGUUAUCAGAGGAUUAGAUAUUACAGGAUUGGAUAUAUGGGCUAUGAAGCAUGGCAUAGAGAGAAGUAUACAUACAUUGGUUAUUGACAAUUUCAUCUCUACAUUUACAAGUUUGAAAUGAGUGACUACAAUAUAGGAUAAUAUUUACUGCAUGUCACAUAGUCCUCUAUUCUGAACGUAUACAUACAUUUUAGGUGUG